GAAACUGCUGUUUAAACUCCAAAAAGAAGAAGAUGAUGUGCGGUUGGUCCUGUUUAACUCUGGGUUGGACAGUGGGUGCCGUUUAACCAUAAAAAUUAAAUUAGAAACUUAAUUCUGUAUAGUUGCAUUAUUUUAUUUUCUGUCUUUAUCUAAUGAGUUUCUUUGCGAUUUCAAAUAUUAGCAGAAGAUCCUUAGCACACGUGUCAGUUGCUGACAGUUGUGUAUAAAACUUUUCGUCAUUAUUUAAUCUGUAAAGUGAUUAAAAUUUAACUAUCUUUUGCACGUUUGGAGUGUUUUCAAGAAAAGAAAGCAAUACAACACGAUGGGAACUGCUCUGAUUUAUGAUGAGGAAAUGACCAAAUACAAACUGCUUUGGGUUGAUCCAGCAUGUAAGAUUGAAGUACCGGAGCGCUUGACAGUGAGUCACGGUGCUUUGGUCAGAAAUGGGCUCACCGAUCGCUGUAUCUGUCUUCCUGUCCGUGAGGCGGUGGAUGCAGAGAUUCUUUUGGUCCACAGUGAGGAAUAUCUGGAGGCAGUGAAACAGACUCCUCAUAUGACUUUAGAAGACUUGAAAGAGUUCACUCUCCAGUAUGGUGACGUUUACUUCCACCCUAACAUCUAUCACUGUGCCAAGCUGGCUGUAGGGUCUGCAUUGCAACUGGUGGACAGCGUUCUGAUGGGAAAGGUGAAAAACGGCAUGGCUUUGGUCAGACCUCCGGGUCACCACAGCAUGCGCAGUGCAGCCAACGGUUUCUGUGUGUUCAACAACGUGGCCAUAGCAGCUCAAUAUGCAAAGCAGAAAUAUGGAGUCAAAAGGAUUUUGAUAGUCGACUGGGAUAUCCAUCAUGGUCAAGGAGUGCAGUAUUGCUUUGAGGAUGACCCAAGUGUUCUCUACUUUUCUUGGCACCGGUAUGAGCAUCAGAAAUUCUGGCCCAAUCUCAAAGAUUCUGACUAUGACAUUGUUGGCAAAGGGGAAGGAGCUGGGUUCAACAUAAACGUGCCAUGGAACAAGGUGGGAAUGGAGAACAGUGAUUACCUCUCAGUUUUCUGUCACGUCCUUCUGCCAAUCGCCUAUGAGUUUUGUCCAGAUUUGGUUUUGGUGUGUGCAGGGUUUGACUCAGCCAUUGGUGACCUAGAGGGGGAAAUGUGUGCCACUCCUGACAUCUUUGCCCACUUGACUUAUCUGCUGAUGAACUUGGCAGAAGGGAAACUGUGUGCUGUUCUGGAGGGAGGAUACAACCUGACUUCCCUGGCACAGUCUGUGUGUCAGACAGUUCAGACUCUACUUGGAGAUCCUCUUCCUCCGCUCACGAAUCUCACUGGUCCCUGCAGAAGCACGCUCGAGUCCCUUCAGUGUGUCAGGGCAGCUCACAGACAACAUUGGUCUUGCCUCAGACAUGCAGUGGAUCUGCCCACCUUUGAGAUCAGUACCAUACGCAUCAAAUCAUCUGGAGAAGAGAACAAAGAUGAAGCGGAAGUUUGGGAGGAGCAGAAGAGCCCAGAGGAAAAGAUUUGGCCUGAGCCUCCAAAGCGCGUCUCUCCUCGUGUUUGUUCUGCCGUAGUUCUUCCUGAUGGCGUGGUUUGUCCGGAUGCCUGUGAGCGCCUCAGCUCAUCUGAGGAUCUCGGCCCACAUCUGCUCACCCUGAAGAAGGAUUUCCUCAAAGAUGCCGAUGACAGUGCUGUCACAGCUUUGUCAAGAGUUUUUUCCCUGAUUGACAAAAUGAAAAACAAUGAGAUCCGUAAUGGCUUGGCGCUGGUUGGUGAUGCCGCCAUGACGAUGACAUGUGUUGUCCAGCAUGUUGCUGCUGAAGUCGACAGCCGGGUUUUCCUCGUUUGUGUCGGCAAUGGAAACAUUCCAGGUCACAUCAUAGAAGAUGGGAAAACACUUGUGGUGCAGAUCAGCGGUGAAGAUACUGAGGAACAGGGCAGCAAAUACUAUGUUCCUGUUUGUUUAAAGAAGGGCUGCACCGACACCUCAGGCUUUGCACAGGCAAUGUUUAGCCUCCUCUUACCCCUCGGAUAUCAACACAACCCUAGUCUUGUCUUGCUGGUUCGGAUGCCUGGUAGUGGAGUGUGUGACAUCAUGUGGCAGCAGCUGACGGCCCUGCUGCAGAGCUUUGCUCAAGGACACACGCUGGUAUUACUGCAGGAGGAUGAUAAGGCAUGUGUGGGCCCAACAGCCUCCAUCCUGCUGGGGAACCCUGCUCCUCCAUUGGGACAGCUUCCGGCUUCGUUGAAGGAGGAUGCUGAAGCUGUGGAGAGACUGAGAAGCAGGCUGCAGGCUGACUGGAACCUUUUGCUGGCAACGGCACCAGAAAAUGGAGGGACUGAUGAAGGUUGAAGAAUCCCUGCUCCUGUUCUACCCCUACGGCUUCACCCUAUCACUACAUUCAGCCCUCCUAGCAGAGAUACAGGAGAAAAAAAUAGUGCCUUCAAAUCCGGAAGUUACUACCGCUGGAUGACGUCAUGAAUAGUCGCCAAUCCUCUUAUGUUGGCGCUCGGAAAAUAAAUAACAUCAUUGGUUUUAACUCUCUGAAAAGUCAUGCAAAAACAAAAACUCCUUCUCCUUCGCCCCACAAGCACAGCGUGGAACACCCUACUAGCAGAGGGAUAGCCAGCCCCGAGUUGCUUUGGUUCCUCCUUAAAAAACAUGGUCAGAAACCACUAUAUCUUCAAAUGCCCCUGCAAUUGGAUCAUAAUGGAGGAGCCAGAGGGGUAGGGAAGCACUAUGGAUUCGGCCAAACUCGCACAUUUCGGUCCAUGAGUCCAAUUCAUACCUCUGAUAUUUUUGGAAUGCCGUCUGCUUUUUGCUGAAAUAAACAGAAACCACAAGUGAUUCUGUUCAAAUGUUUGUCAUAGUAUGAAGUAAUAUUUGUGUCGCUCCAUUGAAAACAAACUCAAAUUUAAAUUCAAAAUGUCUUAAAUUGAUAACAAAAUGUUCAGUUUUAAAAACAAAAGUUUCUAAGUAACAAAUAAAAAUGUGUUGUCUUC